UCAACUCCAUUAUUCUUGCAGCUGCAGCUGGGUCAAAAGCACAUAGUGGAAUAUACUCCCACUGUUUUCUUCGGUGUUCUUCUCUGCGAAUAAGAUCACAGAUCAGCACAGGGAAGUGCCCAUCUCACUGAAUCCUUCAAAACCCAGAAUUCUGCAGAGAAAUUAAGUGGGUGGUAGAAAUUUUUACUUGGUGGUUGUUUUGGUGGAGUUUUCUGUGACAUGAAAGGCAAUGUCUGUUUACGGUAAAGACACGGAUCCAGCAUUCCAGGCUGCAGGAACAAAUCUUGGUUUGGAAAUUUGGUGUGUUGAGAACCUAAAAUUGGUUUCUGUUCCAAAAUCUUCGCAUCGGAAAUUCUAUUCCGGAAGUGCAUAUGUCAUUUUAAAUACAUUUCUGCCGAAAAAUGGCCUUCCUCAGCAUGACAUACACUAUUGGCUGGGAAAUGACUCAAACAAGGAGGACUCGGCGUUGGCAUCAGAUAAAGCACUAGAACUAGAUGCAGCCCUAGGGUCCUGCACUGUGCAAUAUAGGGAGCUUCAAGGCCAUGAAACACAAAAGUUUUUAUCGUACUUCAAACCCUGUAUUAUCCCCAUUGAAGGAGCAUAUAGAACACAACAAGAGCGCUUAAAUGGUGAAACAUAUAAAGUCAGCUUGUUAGCUUGCAAAGGGGACCAUGUUGUUCAUGUUAAAGAAGUUCCUUUCUCUCGGUCAUCAUUGAACCACAAUGACGUAUUCAUACUUGAUACUGCAUCGAAAAUUUUCCUCUUUAGUGGGUGCAACUCUAGCAUACAGGAAAGAGCCAAGGGUUUGGAGGUUGUUCAAUACAUCAAAGAGAAUAAGCAUCGGGAAAAAUGCGAGGUGGCAACUGUAGAGGAUGGAAAAUUCGUUGGUGAUCCUGAAGUGGGUGAAUUCUGGAGCUUAUUUGGUGGUUAUGCUCCCAUUCCCCAGGAUCCACCGUCUUCUGUCCAGGAAAGACCGGAGACACCCUUUGUGAAACUAUCGUGGAUAUCAACUCAGGGUAAACUAUGUCCAUGUCGAACUGACUCACUAAAUAAAGAAAUGUUGGAGACGGACAAGUGUUAUAUGCUGGACUGUGAUUCUGAGAUUUUUGUUUGGAUGGGAAAGCAUACCUCAGUUACAGAAAGAAAAACAUCAAUUUCCGCUACAGAAGAUUUCCUCAGAAACCAAGGCAGGUCAGCGGGGACUCAUUCAGUGUUUAUAACUGAAGGAUUAGAAACUGUUAAGUUUAGGUCAUACUUUGAUAAUUGGCCUCAAACAGUCAAAAUCAAGCUGUAUGAAGAAGGCCGAGAAAAAGUAGCAGCAAUGUUCAAGCAAAAGGGUUAUGAGGUGAAAGAGCUUCCAGAUGAAGAAGACAUCCAGCCAUUUAUAGAUUGCAGUGGCACAUUGAAGGUUUGGCGGGUGGAUGGUGAUAAACUGUCCCUCAUUCCAGCUUCAGACCAGCGGAAAAUAUUCAGCGGGGAUUGCUAUGUUGUGCAGUAUACUUAUCCUGGAAAGGAAAAGAGUGACCAUCUCUUUUAUGCAUGGCUUGGCUGUCAAAGCGUAACGGAAGAUCGAAGGGAUGCUAUCUCUCGUAUGAAUGCCCUAGUCGAUUCAACCAAGGGAGACCCUGUUUUGGCUCAAGUUAUGGAGAACAAGGAGCCUUCUCAAUUCUUUUCCAUUUUCCGGACAUUAAUUAUUUACAAGGGAGGUAGAAGUGCACGAUACAAGAAUUUUAUAGCAGAAAAUGGUAUUGCAGAUGAAACUUAUGAUGAAAGCAAGACUGCCCUUUUUCGUGUUCAAGGGACAAGUCCCAACAAUAUGCAGGCGAUCCAAGUUGAUCCGGUUUCAAGAUCUUUGAACUCGUGUUAUUGUUACAUCCUGCAAACUGGUGCAUCUGCUUUCACUUGGAUUGGGAAUCUCUCCUCGACCAGAGACCAUGACCUUCUUGACAGAAUGCUCGAAUUAAUACAUCCAACGUGGCAAGCCGUAUCAGUGAGGGAAGGGAGUGAAUCCGAUGCUUUCUGGAAUGUGCUUGGUGGAAAGGCUGAGUAUCCGAGGGCAAAAGAAAUAAAAGGACACAUGGAAGACCCAAAUUUGUUUAUGUUGAGCAUAACUGAAGGUGAUUUCAAGGUGAAGGAGAUAUACAAUUUUACACAGGAUGAUUUAACUACUGAAGACGUGUUAUUACUUGACUGCCACGACGAGAUUUAUGUUUGGAUUGGAUGCCACUCUAAGAUUAGUUCAAAGCAACAAGCCCUUACUCUAGGCCUGAAAUUUCUCGAGACAGAUGUACUGGUUGAAGGGCUAUCUUUGGAGACUCCUAUACAUGUUGUUGGUGAAGGGCAUGAACCACCAUUUUUCACUCGUUUCUUCGAAUGGGAUCCAUCAAAGUCAAAUAUGCAUGGCAACUCAUUUGAGCGGAAGCUAGCUAUUUUAAAGGGAAAACCACAACAAUUAGAAGCACCUAUAAGAAACACAUGGAAAGCAAACUCCAGGUCCAGGGAGACAACCCCAGAUGGUUUUAGAAGCAAGUCCAUGAGUUCCAAUGGCCGGAGAAGUGCUUCUCCUGCAUCCGGUGGUUCACUUUCUAAUGUCAAGUCCCCAAACAAUCACAUCUUUUCCAGCUCAUCUGCUCCAACUAAGAAACUCUUUCCAAAAUCCUCUCCUUACAGUAGUCCUGGCGAGUCAAUUGUACCUGCAGGUUCUCCAGUAAACUUACUGGAUAAUACGGGUGGCACUAAGGCUAAUGGAAGUAAGCCUGGUGAAGGAGGCCUAAACUUGUUGACGUAUCCAUAUGAACGACUGAAAGUGGUUUCUUUAAACCCGGCAGCAGGAAUAGACAUAACCAAAAGAGAGGCAUAUCUCUCUGAUGAAGAAUUCCAAGUGCAUUUUGGAAUGGCCAAAAGGGACUUCUAUAAGCUUCCUAAAUGGAAACAAAACAAGCAAAAGAUGGCACUUUAUCUUUUCUAAGGAAACACAAGCAACCAUCAAUUCUUCUACAUAUAAGAUAACCACAGGGCAUCUUUGCUUUCCAAAUCUGGUCUUCUAAAUGGUAGUGCUAUUCGCACAUUCAUUUUUACUUCUCACACGCCUCUCUCAAUUUUCGGCUUCGGAUCAAAUGAAUUGAAGAAAAUCAACGGCAAAAAAUUAAUAAGGUGCGUGAGAGGUGAAUUUGGACGUGUAAAUAACACUAUUCCUUUUAAAAUGUUGGACUAAAGCAAAUAGGCUUAUGGUUUUUUUGUUGUAAAUUGGAACCUUUGGCAGUUUGAUCUUGUCGAGUUUGUCGUUCUGCGUAUGUACCAACUAUAUCAACCGCUCAUUUAGCGUGUGAGAUAUUCUUAAAAUAUUUUAUGAGUGAUGUUAUGAAUUGCUUAGGUGUGUGUAUUAGUCGUUACUUGAUUUAGACCUUUAUUUUUUAAUUUUAUAAUUCAACUACAAGUUGUUAUUU